CUGCCCCAGGGGCGCGGGCGGGAAGCCGGACCCUCCGCACCUGCAGCGUCCUCGGGCUCGGCAGACCCUGCGCGGACACCUGCGGCUGCGCCCCGUGCGUACCCCGGGGUCAUGGUGCACGUGGAGGCGGCGGCUCUGCGAACCCCCAGGGCUGCCUGUGAGCUAGGGACCGGAGGAGGGACCCGGCGCGGGGCCGCGGGCACGAUGCCUUUCCUUCCGGAGGCGAGGGCGGCGGGGCGCGCGGUGGCCCUGACCCUGGUGCUGCUCCUCCCUGCCGUGCCAGCGGGCGCCAGCGCCCUGCUCCGCCUGCAGCCCAGCAUGCCCCACGUGUGUGCUGAGCAGGAGCUGACCCUGGUGGGCCGCCGCCAGCCCUGUGUGCGGGCCUUCAGCCAAACCGUGCCCGUGUGGAAGCCGGGCUGUGGGCGGCAGGUGUGGUGUGUUGGCCACGAGCGGAGAACCGUGUACUACACAAGCUACAGGCAGGUGUACACCAUGGAGACCCAGACCGUGUUCAGGUGCUGCCCAGGGUGGAGCCAGCAGCCUGGUGACCGGGGCUGCCUCUCCCCCAAAUGCAGCGCUGGCCUCUGUUUUAACGGUGGCCGCUGUGUGCCUGGCUCAGCCCAGCUGUGCCACUGUCCCCAAGGCUUCCAGGGCCCCCGCUGCCAGUAUGAUGUGGAUGAGUGCCAAGUACACAACGGUGGCUGCCAGCACAGGUGUGUGAACACGCCAGGCUCCUACCUCUGUGAGUGCAGGCCUGGCUUCCGGCUCCACGCAGACGGCAGGACCUGCCUGGUCAUCAACUCCUGCGCUGUGGGCAAUGGCGGCUGCCAGCACGACUGUGUCCAGCUAACGGUGACCCAGCACCGCUGCCAGUGCCGGCCCACAUUCCAGCUCCAGGAGGAUGGCAGGCGCUGUGUCCGGAGAAACCCGUGCACGGACCGGAAUGGCGGCUGCAUGCACACAUGCCAAGCUCUCCGGGGCCUCGCUCACUGUGAGUGCCACGCGGGCUACCGGCUGGCAGCUGACCGCAAGGCCUGUGAAGACGUGGAUGAAUGUGCCAUGGGGCUGGCCCAGUGUGCCCACAGCUGCCUCAACACUCAUGGGUCCUUUAAGUGCGUGUGCCACGCAGGCUAUGAGCUGGGUGCCGAUGGCCGGCAGUGCUACCGGAUCGAGAUGGAGAUAGUGAACAGCUGUGAGGCUGACAACGGCGGCUGCUCCCACGGCUGCAGCCACAGCAGCACAGGGCCCCUCUGCACCUGUCCCCGCGGCUACGAGCUGGGCGAGGACCAGAAGACUUGUAUCGAUGUGGACGACUGUGCCGACUCGCCGUGCUGCCAGCAGGUUUGCACCAACAGCCCCGGCGGGUAUGAGUGUGGCUGCUAUGCUGGCUACCGGCUCAGCACCGAUGGCUGCGGGUGUGAGGACGUGGACGAGUGUGCCUCUGGCCGUGGCAGCUGUGAGCACCACUGCACCAACCUGGCUGGCUCCUUCCAGUGCUCCUGUGAGGCUGGCUACCGGCUGGACGAGGACCGCAGGGGCUGCACCCCCCUGGAGAUGCCUGAGCUGGACCUGGACAGCCAGCUGCCCCUCGUGCGGCACCUCCCACACAUCGCGGUGCUCCGGGACGAGCUGCCCCAUCGCUUCCAAGACGACUACGUGGGGGCUGAGGAGGAGGAGGCGGAGGCCCGGGGUGAACACACGCUGGCGGAGAAGUUUGUCUGCCUGGAUGACGCCUUUGGCCAAGACUGCAGCUUGACCUGCGACGACUGCAGGAAUGGAGGGACCUGCCUCCCAGGCCUGCCAGGCUGCGACUGCCCUGAGGGCUGGACGGGGCUCGUCUGCAAUGAGAGUGAGGCUGCUGUGGGUGGGGCAUGCCCUCCAGACACCUUUGGCAAGAACUGCAGCUUCUCCUGCAACUGUCAGAAUGGCGGGACCUGCGACCCCAUGACGGGGGCCUGCCGCUGCCCUCCGGGUGUCAGCGGAGCCCACUGUGAGGACGGCUGCCCCAAGGGCUUCUAUGGCAAGCACUGCCGCAAGAAGUGCCACUGCGCCAACCGGGGCCGGUGCCACCGUCUCUACGGGGCAUGCCUCUGCGACCCAGGGCUCUACGGCCGCUUCUGCCACCUGACCUGCCCGCCGUGGGCUUUCGGGCCGGGCUGCUCGGAGGAGUGCCGGUGUGAGCAGCGGAACACGCGUGCCUGUGACAGGAGGGACGGCAGCUGCUCCUGCAAGGCCGGCUUCAGGGGCGAGCGGUGCGAGGAUGAGUGCGAGCCGGGCUCCUUUGGGCUGGGGUGCCGGCAGACGUGCGCCUGCCCUCUGGGCGCAGCCUGUGACCCCGUCAGCGGUGAGUGUGGGAAGCAGUGUCCGGCUGGCUACCGCGGGAAGGACUGUGACCAAGCCUCCGGAGCCCUAAGGAGGAACCACAGGAGAUGGCACAUGGAGUGCCCGGGGGGGACAUUUGGCGUGAACUGCUCGGGUUCCUGCUCCUGUUGGGGAGCCUCCUGCGACCGGGUCACGGGGCAGUGCCUGUGCCCUCCUGGGAGGACCGGGGACGACUGUGGGGCAGAUUGUCCUGAGGGCCGCUGGGGGCUCGGCUGCCAGGAGAUCUGCCCGGCGUGUGAGCACGGGGCCACCUGUGAGCCUGAGACUGGAGCCUGUCUGUGCCGCCCCGGCUACAUGGGCAGCCGCUGCCAGGACGCCUGCCCCGCUGGCUGGUUUGGGCCCGGCUGCCAGAUGAGGUGCUCCUGUGCCAAUGAUGGGCACUGCCACCCGGCGACUGGACAUUGUAGUUGUGCCCCUGGGUGGACCGGCCUCAGCUGCCAGAGAGCUUGUGACAGUGGGCACUGGGGACCUGACUGCAGCCACACCUGCAACUGUAGCACAGGCCACGGGAGCUGUGAUGCUGCCAGCGGCCUGUGUCUGUGUGAGGCCGGCUACCUGGGCCCACAGUGCGAGCAGCAGUGUCCCCAGGGCUACUUCGGGCCAGGCUGUGGCCAGCGGUGCCAGUGUGAGCACGGGGCAGCCUGUGACCAUGUCAGUGGGGCCUGCACCUGCCCGGCCGGCUGGAGGGGAACCUUCUGUGAGCGUGCCUGCCCCGCUGGCUUCUUCGGCGUGGACUGCCGCAGUGCCUGCAAUUGCACCGCUGCAGCCCCCUGUGACGCCGUGAGCGGCUCCUGCCUCUGCCCCGCCGGCCGCCGGGGCCCCCGCUGUGCCCAGACCUGCCCAGCCCACACCUAUGGGCACAACUGCAGCCAAGUCUGCUCCUGCUUUAACGGGGCCUCCUGCGACCCUGUCCAGGGGCAGUGCCGCUGUGGCCCUGGCUGGUCGGGCCCCACCUGCCUGCAGGCCUGCCCAGCAGGCCUGUAUGGUGAGGACUGCCAGCAUUCCUGCCUCUGCCAGAACGGGGGCACCUGUGACCCUGUCUCGGGCCACUGCACCUGCCCAGAGGGCUGGGCUGGCCUGGCCUGUGAGAAGGAGUGCCUCCCAGGGCACUUCGGAGCCGACUGCCAGCACAGCUGCAGAUGCGUCAAUGGUGGCCUCUGUGACCGGUGCCUGGGCCACUGCAUCUGCCCAGCCGGCUGGACGGGGGACAAGUGCCAGAGUUCCUGUGCCGAGGGCACGUUUGGGACUGGCUGUAAGGAGCGCUGUGCCUGCCGGCAGGGAGCUACCUGCCACCACGUCACGGGGUCCUGCCUCUGCCCGCCGGGAUGGAGGGGCUCACAGUGUGAGAAUGCCUGCCCACAGGGCUGGUUUGGAGAGGCCUGUGCCCAGCGCUGCCACUGCCCGCCUGGAGCCGCCUGCCACCACAUCUCUGGGGAGUGUCGCUGUCCCCCAGGCUUCACUGGGCCUGGCUGUGAGCAGGAGGGGGCCUCGGGGGCGACUCCAGGAGGAUGCCAUUCCUGGGCCGGGCCAGCACUGAUCCCCUACCUGCACCCCAGCCUGCCCGCCCGGCACCUUUGGGGAGAGCUGUGGGCAGAAGUGCCAGUGUCCCGGCAAGAACCAAGCCUGCCACCCGGCCUCAGGGGCCUGCGUGUGGGCUGCUGGCUUCCACGGCACUGGCUGCGGGCUACCUCCUGGCAGCUGGCCCCUCCCCUUGCAGGGUGCCCUCCUGGGCGGUUUGGGCCGGGCUGUGAGCAGCUGUGUGGGUGUGUCAAUGGUGGCUCCUGUGAUGCGGCCACGGGUGCCUGCCGCUGCCCUGCUGGGUUCCUCGGGCCUGACUGCAGCCUCGCUUGUCCCCAGGGCCGCUUUGGCCCCAGCUGUGCCCACGUGUGCAAGUGUGGGCAGGGGGCGGCCUGCAACCCCGUGACUGGCACCUGCACUUGCCCUGCAGGGAGGACCGGCAUCCACUGCGAGCACAGCUGUCCCCAGAACCGGUUUGGCUUGGGCUGUGAGCACGUGUGCUCCUGCAGAAAUGGGGGUUUGUGCCACCCUGCCAACGGCAGCUGCUCCUGCGGCCUGGGCUGGAUGGGGACACUCUGCGAGCUGGCCUGCCCCGCUGGGCGCUACGGGGCCGCCUGCCGCCUGGAGUGCUCCUGCCGCAACAACGGCACCUGUGAGCCCGCCACGGGCGCCUGCCGCUGCCGCCCCGGCUUCUACGGCCAGGCCUGUGAGCACCUUUGUCCUCCUGGCUUCCACGGGGCUGGCUGCCAGGGGGCGUGCGAGUGUCAGCAGGGAGCUCCCUGCCACCCCGUCAGCGGCCAGUGCCUCUGUCCCGCCGGCUUCCACGGCCAGUUCUGUGAGAGGGGGUGCGAGCCGGGCUCAUUUGGAGAGGGCUGCCACCAGCAGUGUGACUGUGAGAGUGGGGUGCCCUGUGACCCCAUCACCGGCCACUGCCUUUGUCCCCCAGGGCGCAUGGGGGCCACCUGUGACCUUGACUGCAGAGGGGGCCUCUUCGGGCCGGGCUGUGCCCUGCGCUGUGACUGCGGGGGUGGGGCUGAUUGUGACCCCAUCACUGGGCAGUGCCACUGUGUGGACGGCUACACAGGGCCCACGUGCCGGCAAGGUGGGCCCCCCCAGCUCCCCGAGAGCCUGUCCCCAACCCCGGGCCCAGCAGCCUCGCCCUCAGCCUCUCAUGGAUCAGCGCCCCGGCUCGGGAGCGGGACAGAGAAGCACUAACUUAGAGGCUGCCUGCGCUGAGGCCUGCCGCCCGAGGACCGCCCAGGGCACCAGAGACUUUGAUGAUGACCAGGGAGGGACGCCUGUGGGCCAGGACUCCAGCCCCAUCCUUGUCUCUGUGGGCUGUGGGCAGCGUGCAGCUCUCGCUCUCCGAGGGUCAUCCGGCCACAAGGAGGGAGGCCUUGCAUGGCCAGCUCUGCAGAGCCUGGGCGAGUGGACUGGGCCUUGGGCAGCACAGCUGCACUGGCCGGACCCCGCGUGUGCUGAGGAAGCCCACCCCUCCGGCUGGCCUGGGUCGGGACUGAGGGCAGCUGUGGGUGCAGCUACAGGUGCAGGCAUGGGGCCCCUGCCCCCCAAGCAGGUUCUUCUGGUGCUAGGCCCCUGACUGCGGCAGCUCAGCCGGUUUACCUGGGAAUGUAGCCCGGCUGUAUUUAUGUAAAGGUAUUUAUGGGCACUGGACACGCCCUGCUGCGCCCUGAGGGCUGGAAGGCUGCCCGGCUCCUCCUUGGCCCCAGGAAGCCCUGACCCGGGACUGUGGGGCCCUCCGGGCACGGGCUCCAGCGCCCUGUGAAACCCAGUCAGCUAAGAACAGAGCGGCAGCUUCCUCGCGGCCUGUGCAUCUGCUGCUUUGUUGGGGCUCCGCCGUGGCGGCCUCCUGGGCACGACAGCAUGAGUGUGCUUGGUCAGGAACCUCCCCUGACCAGGGAAGCCAGGCAGGCACCUGGCUCCAUCAGCCCCUGCUCUCCCUGGGAAUGGGGGUGCCACAAAAAUAAAGUUGGGGCUUAUCCUGGUGCUCUAGAGGGGCACACAGGGGCUGCCCCAAAUGGAGGCAGAUGGACCUGCAAAACAAGCUCACAGCCAGGUGCCCCGAGAUGUCCCGAGACCCAGGAAGCACAGCCUGCAUGGAGGAAGCAUGGUCUCGAGGGGAGGAGAACCAGCCCACGGGCAGGGGUGGUGUGGGGGCAGCCUAGGUGCCGUCUACCCCCAUGUCUCCCCUAUCUUCAGGGCAGAAACAUGGUAAGUGGGGGAGAACAUCACAGGGCCAGGUGGCCAGUAGGGAGUGUUGGACCCAAAUUGUCACACUGGAUACUUCAAGUCUGGGCUGUAGCCCCCUCCCCUCCCCUCCAACACCAGCCCAGCUAGCUGAUACCUCCAACGACAAAGGAUCUCAGGGGGCAAAACAAGGAGGGUUCUAGUAAACCCGUCCCCUUAAAUGGACGACUAGUGAGAGGAAGCCAGAUUAAUGGGCCACCAUGUUCAGACUUUGGAGUAAAUAUAAUAAAUAUCCUGGAAGGAAUAAGA